AUGACUGGAGGACCUGUCAUCGGAGACGGAAUGCCUCUCCAGACCACCUUGAUAUUCACUCUUCCUCGGAGUGAAAGAAAUAGGAGUGUAGAAACAGUGACUCGGCCCUGGGCACCAGGAAGCGAUGCAGCUCCAAUUGACAGGAUACCCGUGGAACUUCUGUCAAUCAUCAUGAUUCUGGCUGUUCCUCAGUUUGAUUUUGCCUCCCCGGACUGGGAUUUUCUUCCGAAACUCGAACGGAGUAUGAGUGAUAUCUUGGAUCUCACUGCAGUAUCUCGCCGGUGGAGGCAGGUUGCUGAGAAUACACCACAGCUCUGGAGUUGUCUUCACGUUCGAGCUCAUGAGUCGAAGAUAGAGGAAUAUUUCAUGAAGACCUGGAUGUCUCGUUCGAGGGCGGUACCACUCAGCGUCUCCUUUGACGGCGACACAGAGGAGCCAGAUUCGGAAUGUUUCAACCUCCUCAGAGGAAAUCUGCACCGCUGUAAGCAUCUGCAGCUUGACGCCCCUGCACACAUGAUAUCCUCGCUUAUGAGCGGGUCGUUCCCGCACCUGGAGACCGUACGACUUCUUAACCGCUACAAGGAGCAGACACUGGCACUCAAGGACCUCUCAUUGUCCUCCGCUGCCCCAGGAAUCCGACUCGUCUAUUUGCAGGGCAUCAGCUCUGACUUUAACACCAAGUCCUUUAACUGGUGGUGUGUCACGGAGCUCAUCCUUGAAGCCACCGGUCUGGCUCUCAUGCCUUCCAUGACUGUAAUCGCUGAGUGUACCAACCUUCACAUCCUGCGACUCACCUUCAACAAACUCACGGAGGAAGAUGCGAAGCCCUAUUUUGAUGACAACGACGGGCCAAGGCCCCGCUGCGAGAAACUGCAUACCCUGGAAGUCAAGGCGCCCGACAGCUACUUGGACUUCUCAGUAUUCAUCUGGUGGCUCUUCCUGCCUGCUUUGCGCCGAUUAAAGCUGUACGGCUGCUUCGUUCUUUAUCCUUGCCUGUUGGAGAUGAUUCCAAGGGAUGGAUGCUUGCUCGAGGAGCUAGUCAUAGAUCAUGAUGCACCAGACCCAUUUACCACAGAGGAGGAGCAUCUCCUGACAUUCUUUAAGUCCUUACCAGACCUGCGGACACUCGAAAUAAUUGGAGGAAUACCCGAUGCAUUCCGCACGGAUAUUGCCAAGCGCCUGACGUUCAAGCCUGGACGACCUCGGAACGACUAUCUUCUUCCGAAGGUGGAAUCGAUGAAGAUAUGGGGCCUCGGCGGAUGGGCCAGCUACUGGGACAUUCAAAAAAUGCUUGAAUCAAGAAGCAAAAUCGGGGCGGAGGCUCCGGCGACGCGUUUAAAGUGCGCAACGAUCACAUCCCGCGGAUAUUCACAGAAACACCGGUGGGACCUGAAAGCAGACGGGCACAUCAUCCAUGAUGGAUGGCACAUUCAAUACGGUUUCCUGCCCUUUGUUCCUACUUGCGAACCGCGAUCCCCCGGUGAUGAAGAUGAAGUGGUACAUUCGACACUGGCUGUCACACCUUCCCCGCCCCCCGAAAUUGACGCAGAUCUCUUAGAUUGA